AGAGAGAGAGAGAGGGGGAGAGAGAGAGAGAGAGAGAGAGAGAGAGAGAGAGAGAGAGAGAGAGAGAGAGAGAGGGCCCUGCUGGACUUGCACGUGGCUAAGGAGAGGAGAGAGGGGAAGAGAGAGAGAGAGAGAGAGAGAGAGAGAGAGAGAGAGAGAGAGAGAGAGAGAGAGAGAGAGAGAGAGGGGAUAUGGGGGUGAAAGGAAAGGCAGCGUUGGCCAUCCUGGUUCUGCUGCUGUUCCUGGGGUCUAUGUGGCUACAGGGAAGUCUGGAUCGCCACUGGGAAUCUUGUCUUAAAAGUUACAACCACUUUGAUAACGAUCCCCCUCUGUCCAACAGCAGUGAUGUUUCUGUGCUGGAGGAGGAGGAGGUUCUGGGGGUGUGUCCUGGCCAAGUGUUCCAGGUGUCUCUGCUGCUGGCCAGCCUGCUGGCCUCCCCCGCCCCUCCCUCAGACGUCCUGCUGGAGCCCUACCUGGCUAGCUGGGACGAACUCAUCAAGUUCAUGGAGUCUCUGGGUCCCAUGGUGGGCCUCAUCUCCCAGGAGAUCCAGACCAAGACCUCCAUCAUCCGCCGCCUGGCCCUGGAGGAGGAGGAGAAGAGGGUGGCUGAGGGCCCCACCGGCGCAGGGGCCCAGCCCUCCUACUCCUCUGUGCGCCUGAUGAUCCAGUCGGAACUGGGCCGGGGCCUGGUGGACUUCCAGCACUACUCCGAGUCCGGAUGCCGCACCUUGCUGCGCCUCCACCGAGCCCUGCUUUGGCUGCAGCUCUUCCUGGAGAAGCUGGCAACGCCGCGCUCCACCGGGAGACUCCGGAGCCCCUCGGAGCUGUGCCGCGAGGCCUACCAGAGCACCCUGGCCAAGCACCACACCUGGCUGGUCCGCAAGGCCGCAGAGCUGGCCUUCAUCGCCAUGCCCGAACGAGGCUUCUUCUACCGGCUGGUCUGCGUCCAGAACCAGGAGGAGGCGAGCGCGGUCCUGCACAGGGUGGUCCGGGCCAUCGGGGUGGUGUACGAGGGGACCCAGGCGGCUCUGGAGGAGCACGGAAUGCUGGAUCUUCCCUAAGAGGAGGGCCGGGCGCCCCCUGGUGGCCUCCUCCAGUCACGCACCCUGUCCUCUCAUCGCCCACACACCUCUCACGCCGCCUCCGGGCGGGAGAGAUGACGGGGCGGGAGAGAUGACGGACUGGUGUUGCCUCGAGGACGGCGGAGCCAAGGACGCUUCUAAUCUUCCAAAGCCCCAAAACAAAUAUGUGAAAUACAAUCGGUUGUUGUGGAACAUCUGUUGUUUAUGUUUGAGACGACAUUCCUACCUUCACAAUCUGCUGUGAAACGACCUCUGGGACUACUGGAAGCACGUGCUGAAAAUCUUUUU